AUGGAGUCGAUAUUCCUGACAUUGUGUCUUGUUGGCGUUGCCCUAGCGACCUACCCACCAUUUUCACAACCCAUAACCUAUGGUAGAGGUAUUGGCGGAAUAUCCAACAGUUUUUCACGCGGUUUCCAACCAGGUUACUCUUCCACGAUGACAGGGAACUUUUAUCCUGGUUUUUCAACUCGAGGAUUUUCUGGGAUACAGCAACCUAGUUAUCCUCUAAUGGGUUCUCAGCCUAUGCUUAACUCCUUCGAUGGUUUUAUGUCCGGGGGAAGAUCGUUUGGUACAAACUUUAUAGAAAGAAUAGUUACACCAGAGCCUACUCCGGAUAUUGCACUGCAACCUGUCACCAGAACAUCAACAAGAAUCACUGUCUUGCCACCUACAAUAGUACCAGAUGCUUCAACAUUUGCUGGUGGUAGCAAUGUCUAUAACGGUAUGUAUGGAAGGUACAGUUCCACUCCUUACAUGACUGGUGGUAUUGCGGGUAUGGUGUCUGGAAAUCCCUACGUGGCUAGUGGGUAUCCGGUUGUAUCUGGAGGCAUGUCCAAUUUUUACACGAACGGUAUUGGAGGAACAUACUCAUUGCCAUACGGAUCGAUAGGACAAUAUGGAGGAUCGUCGUUUUACCCUUACUCCACAGGAAUGUCUACAGGAAUGAUGGGAUAUCCUCAGAUGUUCUCAGGAGGUUAUAAUGGUUAUAGCGGACUGACAGGAUUCGCAGGCGGAAAUGUCGGGUAUAGUCCAAUGACACAUCGGAAGAAAAUGGGAUCCUAUUGA